CACUCGGCCGCAGACGGUCUGCCGACGACGCGAGCCCAUGCCACGACCUGCCGUCGCCCUCACGGGCGCCUUCUCGGGACUCCUGGUCCUGCUGCUGAUGCACGCCCUCGCAGAGACCGCGACCGGAGCGAUCUCCUUGUCCAAGGCCGAGGUCGACGAGUUCUUGAAGCAAUACAAAGACGACGAACGGAAAGUUUGUCCGAGCUCUUGCUCGGAACAGCACCGCUCCAGGAGGGUGGUCGGAGGGCGGGACGCUGGUGAACCUAUCCCGUUCAUGGCCAGCCUGCAGAAGAACGUGACAGGGCUGUCCAAGCCUUUCCCGUUCUGCGGUGCCAGCAUGCUGACCGAGAAACACCUCGUCACAGCCGCUCACUGCCUCAAAAAUAAAACGGCGUCCAUGCUGUCGGUGAACGUGGGCGACUACAACCUGUCAUCGAGCGACGACGCCCAAAAUAUAGUGCGCAACGUGCUGAGCUUCAUACAGCACGAGGAGUACAUCAUUCCCACCUACGACAACGACAUAGCCCUGCUUACGCUUGUGGAGCCGAUCCCGUGGGAGUCUCUGACGACGGUAGCCCUUCCUCCCGUUAACUCGGACCUGGUUCAGGACACCACGGUGUGCGUCAUGGGCUGGGGAAGGCUCCAGUAUGAGGGCGCCAAGCCGACCACCCUGCAGAAGCUGUGCAUGCCCUCGGUCAACAGGAGCGAGUGCCAGAAGCCGCUUUCGCACAAAGUGAACGAGAACAUGAUUUGCGCCGGCGGCCGCGAGGGCGAGGACGCAUGCGUGGGUGACUCCGGGGGCCCACUGAUGGUGCAAGCCGGAAACUGCGAGGCGAUCUGCGGAGUUGUGUCUUUCGGAAAGAAAUGCGCCCUCAAGGACGUGUACGGCGUGUAUACCCGGGUGGGCCUCUUUGUUCCCUGGUUGUACGCGAACACUCGGGACGCCAAGUGCAAGCCGUACGUCAGCGACGGGCAAAACUACCCCGACAUGACUGGCAUCACCACCAAGCCUGCACUGCCGGACCCAGUCCCCGACAACCACAUCUAGACUGACGGUCUGCUAUAUAAGCGAUUUGCCGAUAUUUUACUUGAAAAGUGCGUCUAUGAGAGGUGUCCUGGCGCUCAGAUUUUUUUUUUUCCUCUCGAACCACGUUCGACGUUUCAUUGCUCUCGGGAAAAGGGCAAUAAUUCAGCGCUGCCGCUUAUGCGCCCUAGCCAAUUACCGAACUGCUGCGCAGCUAUGGAUUAUUGCGAAAGAAACCAGUAAGUGAGAGUCGUCGCGAAAUGUGGUACCCUAAAAAAAAAUACCAGGAUUGCAUAUCUUCGCAAAUUUUGAGCGCCCGCGACAUGGCAUGAGAAGCACUUUUCAACGUAAAUGUGGUAGCUUUCGCGAAAACACGUGCACGUACGAGAACCAGCUCUUGGAGGGGGGGGGGGGGGGUUCAGUCACACCUGCGGUCUAUAGCGAGGGCUUUAGCUGCCGAGUGAUGUGGUCCCACCGCUGGAAAUGGACGUGCGGCCACAGCUGCACAGCCUGAAAACGUUUGUUUUUUAGCAGACUGUUUUUUUUAAAGAAACUCGUUUUUUUUUUUUAGCUAUAGUACGGACGCCGGUUUGAGUGACCCCACUCCUAAGUUAAAUUCUGGUUCCGUGUCUGGAUGCGCUUAAAGAACACGGUAGUAUCAUAUUUUUUUAGGGAGGUGAUAACGAUCACCGCAACCUUUCCACGAGUGCACGAGUAUUUUAUUUACCAGCGCGCACGUUUAGGGCAUACUAAGCUUACGACAGAGACUUAUUGGCAACGCCAAUACAGCCCGCCAUGAAGACGUAUGCCGAUGCAGGAAAGAGGAAAAUUUUCGAACACGAUUGCGCUCGUUCACUUCUUUAGUGAAGCUGGAACACGUAGCCGCGGGCCGAGGACGCAGUAGACGCCAUGCACCCCGAGGUUCUCCUGUCAAAGCUUUUGCAACAAAUGGCGGGAGAAAGCGGUUGGUUUCACCAUCGUUAGUCGUGCUAAAAUGGCUUCGUUUUCUUACUCGCGUGACGGCAAAUGUGGGGCACGUCGGCGUCCCGUCCACUAGCUGAACCGUUUCCCUCACGUUUAAAAAAAAGUUCCAACAACGCAUCCACCUCGCUAAGACAGAGAAAAACCAACAGGGAGGUUUAGAAUAACGUUUCCAAGCGAUGCGGCCGUUGCGGGCAUAGCUGGCGCCAUACGAGAUUUAGAAUAGCGUUAGCCCUCCUGCAAACCGCAACGCACGAUCGCAGCGACACCGUAGCCUCGAAACUAGCGUUUGCGGGCCACAUGCGGGCCGCGAUCGCCGCACGCUAUUUCGGAUUUUCUGCGCGCGGUCCGCGAACGCCGACUCGUGUUACGACGCAUGCGCAUUGGCAGCGACCGCACCGCAAGAGCUCGCGGCGCGCUAUUCUGAAACUCCCUAAUGUCGCUCAAAGUUAAUGAGUGCCAAAGAUAACAAUGAUAACGUGUAGAAGAAACUCGUUUUAUUUUAAUACACACCUCACAUCUAGUCAACUAAAUGAAUGGCCCCAGCUAUAAGCCAUAGAGACCGGUACGGGGCGGUCGUUUAGGGCUUCUUGCAAAAUACCUAUUUACUCCAUAUUACCAAUGUUGAAGUUUUCUUGUUCUUGUAUACUUUAUAAAUGUACGACGAUUGACUUGAGAACUACUUGUUACUGUUGUAAAAACAAGAACAAAUGUAUAGGUCGAAAUAUAGUAAGCCUCGCGUUAACAAAACAAUAUAUACUUAUAAUCUCUUCUAUAUCAUACUGUAGCUCAACGAGUGUGCAUAUUCGCUUUCUUUUUUAGGCGUGUGACAAAUUUGCGAAUAGUUUAGAGGCGUGUAGGAUGUGAUUAAAAUGCCAGGAUUUCAUGGAUCCGGCCGCGCUAUGCACGCAAAAUCGCGAGUGAAUUUUCUGCUAGAGCAGUGCCCAAAACUGCACCGGCUUCCUCCUCAAUUAAUGAAGCGCGUUUAAACUGACCGAUUUUCAGUGCGCGACCUGCCCCCGUGCUCUGAAUACGACGGCUGUCCCUCUGCCGUGCAGCUGCAAUAAAAUCGGGCUGCUCCUGGCACACCCAAGAUAGGCGGAAGCGCGAAUGAGUGCGCCAGCAUGCACGCCGGCAUCGUUUCCUAACAGAAACAACUGAGGAAAUAGGCCAAUAUAGGCGCACGCAUACGCCGUGCCUUGAAAUAGUGGCUUAGGGAGCUGUGCUAGCAUUACGGCAGCGAAGCCAGAGCCAGAGACAAUGACAGCCAGAGCCAGAGACAACGAUAAGCAACACAGACCGUUUAGAUCUCAAGCACAUAUACCGUCAGUUGUGCGGCUCAGUAAAUAUAAAUAGAACAAAACGCCAACACAUGUGAUGGAAAGAAGCUAACGACGCGUUACCUAUAUGUGCAAUUUGACAGAACUCCACAUAGCUCUGACCUAUUAUAGUGCAUUUCCAUACUGUUUAUCGAGCAAUCACUACCAAGAUCAGCACGGUUGAAAUCCGGGCAUGUCCGUACAUAUACCGUCGUGAGGAAACAGCGCUGAAUGAACGGGCAACCCGGCAGUCCGCGCAGCUUUGCCAUAAGUCGUCGAAGACCGGAGAAUUACGAGUAUUCAGGAUAUUAUUCCGUUGUCCCGUCAUAUCGUUAUAGCGAUCCAAAUACCUGUGAGGCUUAUACCGCAGUAAAUUCAGUAUAUGCCCAGCGCCACCUCGCCACCGCUCACCUUGGAAUAGUUCUGAGGCACGAAAACGCGAAAUCACGCUUCCAGAAUGUGCAAUAAAGUUAAAUCUUGAUCGAUCCGUGCAGUGUGGUGAAAACUGAGGCUCGUACGUGUUCUGCGCAAAAAAA